AGCACGACAUCCUCCUGCUCAGCUCUACAGAACCUGUAGAACAUCCAGAACUUCCGCGGUUCCGUUUGGUUUCAUGCUAACGGGUUCUCGUCUGGAUCCGGUCUCGACGAGGGUACCGUGAAUAUGUGUUCGGAUCUGGACCGGACUCCUCGGACUCUGCUGGUCUGUGAUCGGUCCAGUUUCCUGGACGAGAAGAACCGGGUCAGCCCUCAGGUGGAGAAGCUGCACUUCAACCACAAGGUAUCUGUACUGCUGCCUGGGUGUAGCGUCACCCCCUCCAACCUGGACUUGGUGAUGAACACCUUCAGCAGUUUCUACCUGAUCAAGAAGCUACCAGUACACGAGCUGCUGGACCCAGGCCUGCAGGGUGCCAUAAACCAAGGUGUUGUGUAUGGUCUGUCCUUUGGGACUCGCAUCGAUGAAGAUACCUGUGUUGCUUUGAUGCCAAAAGGACGUCUGGUUCUGUCUCUGGACAAAGACUCGUACGAACUUCUGGGGGUUGAGGGGAAACCGUCCAGAUUCAACCACAGAACCUGCAGCAGAUUUGUGGUCUCUGUGGACCUGACGGACAGCAGCAUGGCACCUGGUGGACGGGGCCACACCCGGCUCCUUACAGGUCUUCGGUCACACCUUCAGCUGCAGACAGACUUCCUACUGUCCCAUCAUCCAGAGGGUGGGGCCUCUCUACAGCCACUCCUGUCUCGUUAUGAUUGGUCCAAACACGAACCUGAGGUCAGCUGCCGCCACCUGACUGACCUGACCUGUCCCGACUUUCGGUCAUGUGACUGUCACAGUCUUCUGGAGUGGAUUGGAGCUGUGGAGGCCGACAUCAGCUGUGAGAGCUCAUCCAGCAGCUUCCUGUCAUCGUUCACCUGUCCAGAGCCCAAUGACGUGCUCAGUCAUGCUCUGAGCGUGUCCAUCUGUGGCCUGCUGUUGCCACACGAUGUGCAGCGACUGAUCCAGGAGCUCAGGUGUCACCUGCAGCAAACUCAGCUGGAGUCCUGGGCUUCACUGACGGUUCACGGUUUCAUCGAUAGUCCAGUAUCAUGGGGGGACAACGAGCACGGGGUUCUGAGUGGAGGGGAGAACUUCUACAACUUGCUGAUGUUCCCUGACCACACCUACCACCUCCACCUGGCCACAGGAGCAUAUGACACUUGUCCACCAUGAGGUGACCUCUGGGUCACAUACCCUCUCACCAAGAUGAAUUACUGUUGUCAUAGAAAAAAUCUGCCCCAAGACAGGAAAUGGGUCAACAGUGCUGCAUGGUUUCUUUCUGCAUAGCUCCCUGGAGCGACCUUUAACCUUUACCUGAGUUUUUCUUUGGAUUGUAACCUUUGACCUCAGAGCAGAAUGUCUCCCGAUUUAUGAGUAAACCUGAAAAUAAAACAACAAUUUAACAACA